AUGCCUUCCGAAAAGCACAACAGUGGCUCGAAUGCCGCAAGGAGCAAUACAGGCUCGCGCAAGGCAAGCAACGCGGCCCCAUCCCAAGCAACGCACCAUACUCACCGUGUACGAGAAAUCUGUCAAGUCAUCCCUGCGCCAGGAUACAAUAAGCCACCUGGGGCGUGUGUUGCCGCCAUGCAUCCCUGUUACCGGCCGCUUGAUUUGGGCACAUGCAACGCCAUUAACAGCCAGAAUGGCGUGUCUCGAAUGUACAACUCCGAGAGCAUCACAAACACGCGCGUGAUCGAGACAAUCAUGAAACCCGAAGAUUACAAUAAGCUGUCUGAGGGCAACCAGAAAGCACUCGCAACGGCCAAUUGGACUCGACAUCAAAGCAGCAACCACCGUUUACCUGGACAAGCUGCUCCGCCUCCUCCUCCUCAUCCACCACCUCCACCCCCUUCAGCCUCAGUCAAGGUCAUCCCUCCGGCGCCAUCGGUGCGCGACAUUACACCGGCACUGGCACCGGCACAGCCGCCACCACCUCCUCCCCCUCCAGCUUCGAGGUCGGCUCAUACUGCUGUACGACCUCCGCCCCCGCCUCCUCCGCCGUUGCCAGCAGGUCAAGGAGGGACAGCGUCUCUCGCCCCCCUUCCCAAGUCCAAGGCGCCAUCCAAGGCUCCAACAACGCAUGUUCACAAAGUCGACUUCGUCCCGCCGAAAAGCCAUCACUCUGCUGCCGUUGGCAAAGCAGCGACACUAACACCGUCAGAUUCGAUCUCGAAUAGGUCCGCACGGACGAAGCCGGCAACAGUCAAGAAUGCCUCGGUGAAGGGCACAACGGUGGCCAAACCCCCCAAGGACGACACAAGUUGCGAACUUUGCCAUCGAGGCUUUGGCAUUCCCCAGGUUGAUGGCGUGCGUAUAUGUUCUGGUUGCGUCCAGUCGCAUAGGUUCUUGGUCGCACAGAGUUCUGGUAACAGGCGCUGA